GCUGAGCGACUUCCUGUGACUUCCGGUGCGGGGGGCGCGCUGCAGGGUGGACGCCGGCGGCCCGCCGGGCCGCGGAGCACGAUGCCGUAUGCCAACCAGCCCACCGUGCGGAUCACGGAGCUCACCGACGAGAACGUCAAGUUCAUCAUCGAGAACACGGACCUAGCGGUGGCUAAUUCUAUUCGGAGGGUCUUCAUCGCCGAGGUGCCCAUAAUAGCCAUUGACUGGGUUCAGAUCGACGCCAAUUCCUCGGUCCUUCAUGACGAAUUCAUCGCUCACAGGCUUGGGCUGAUCCCCCUCACCAGUGACGACAUUGUGGACAAGCUGCAGUACUCACGGGACUGCACGUGCGAGGAGUUCUGCCCGGAGUGCUCAGUGGAGUUCACUCUGGACGUGCGGUGCAACGAAGACCAGACUCGUCACGUCACGUCUCGAGACCUCAUCUCCAACAGCCCCCGGGUCAUUCCGGUGACAUCCCGGAACCGAGAUAACGACCCUAAUGACUACGUGGACCAGGACGACAUCCUCAUCGUCAAGCUGCGCAAGGGCCAGGAGCUGCGCCUCCGUGCCUAUGCCAAGAAGGGCUUUGGCAAGGAGCAUGCUAAGUGGAACCCGACCGCGGGUGUGGCUUUUGAAUACGAUCCCGACAAUGCCCUGAGGCACACGGUGUACCCCAAGCCGGAGGAGUGGCCAAAGAGCGAGUACUCAGAGCUGGAUGAAGACGAGUCCCAGGCUCCGUACGACCCCAAUGGCAAGCCGGAGAGGUUUUACUACAACGUGGAGUCCUGUGGCUCUCUGCGCCCUGAGACCAUCGUCCUCUCGGCCCUUUCUGGGCUGAAGAAGAAGCUGAGUGAUUUACAGACCCAGCUGAGCCACGAGAUCCAGAGUGACGUCCUCACCAUAAACUAAUAGCCGCAGCUCAUCCGCCUAGCGGAAAAGGAUCCGAGCAGCAGCUGUGUGCAGGUCUCCCGAGACCCUCCCAGCCCCAGAAGUCCCGACAGCUGUACCUCACUUCCACGCAAGCCAUCAGCACCAGCCGGAGAGGUGGCAGAGGGGAAGGGUCCCCCCAUCCUUGCUUGGUCCCAGGUAGAUUACGGGGGUGCCCCUGGUGUUUGAGGCAGUUCAGUCCUUCCCUGAGCAUGCAGCAUCCCUGGCCCUGCCUGCUGAUGGCUGGUCUCCCCAGAACCCAGCCCUCCACCCCCCUGGCCUGCUUGUAGAGGUCGCACUGCUUCCCUGUUGAAAACCACUGGGCUAGACCCUCCUCUGUUGGUCAUUUGAGCUCCUGACUUAGUGUGUGUGUGGAAGUUAGCAUUUCACAGUUGUACCUUAGGUUUCCGUGUUAGGAUUGAGUGUUAGAAGUCUCAUUCAGGCCCCCUGCAAACCCAGUCCCUGCCCGUGGUCAGCCUACACUUUGCUCAAAUUCCCCAAUGUCUUUGGAUAUGGCUGCUCUUCCCUCCCCCCCAAAUAAACCCUGUAUUUCAUUCUCUACCCAUCAGUUGUGACUUCAAUGCCAGUGAUCUGCUUAAUUAGUUGGGGGGGGGGGGAGAGGAGGGGUGAGUGGGGUGGGCAAGAGCCUUAAUGAAGGUCUGGCCUUGACCCCUUAGUCCUGUUGGCAGGGACAUACCCGGAGCAGUUAAUGAGGCAGCCUGGCGGGGGGGGGGGGGGGGGGGGCGGCAUUGGAGAAAACAGGAGAUACAGCACAGAAAGGACGGAGUAUUUAUUAACAGCAGUUUUUAUUUUUGGCAAUAAAGAGCACAACAUAAUCUCCUCCAUGCGCCAUCUUGCUGCGCGCUGAGCCAGCAGCCCCCCCCCCCCCCCCCCAGGCCCCGGCGGGCGCUCCUGCAGGCCUGUGCCUCUGGUGGUCGCUCCCUGCUCAGCUCCGAGCUGAGCUGGCCGAGGCCACCUCCUUGGCUCCGGGCCUCUGCUGGAGGGGCCUCCAGCUUCAUCCUCCUCCUGCCACAACUUUGAAGAGUGGUUAUUUACAUCAGGGUAACAAGGUCUGUUCCCACAAAUCAGAACCCUAAGUAUUU